AUGGAAGGAGUGGUCCAAAGGGGGCGUGUCGACACUGAUAUCAUCAAAGCUAACUGGCUAAUGGAGACUGCCUUGACUAGCGAUGCUUUACAAGCCAAGGAGCCCACAGCCGCCACUGGGAGUGGUGGGCCUAUCAAGUACUUGGGCCUUGCAGCUGUCCUGAUAAUAGCCGUGUCUCUGCUACUGCAACUGCUGAGUGGUGGAGGAGGUAACUGUUCUGUAGCCCUCACUGACGGGCACUGGUCACAUGACAGGGGGUGGGUAUCACAUGACUGCAUUCAUCAGGACUACAACAGACAUGACUUGGAGAGCUGCUUCCUGCGGAGGUCAAAGGUUAUCUUUAUCGGAGACGGCAGAGAUCCUAUGAAAUACGCGUUGCUACGGGAUACGAUAACUGACCCCGGAGUGACAAUUGAGAUUGUGAAGCAAUCUGAUUGGUCGCUACCUGCUGUGGAGACACUAUACACUGACCUAGCCGAGGGCGUGUCCAGUGACCCCCCUGUACUUGUAGUGCACACACUACAACCUGACUCACUCGAUAACUGUAGAGAUGAUGCUUCUGGCGUGAUUCGUGCUCAGUUAAAGUUCCUGAAGGUUGUCAAUGGCGACCAGACCCCCUCCAAAGAUCCCACCCCCUCCCUCAUUGCCGUAAUACCCCCUACACAGAGCUUAAUGGGAGAGAAGGAGCUCGCAUGUAAAAACAUUGUCAAGAAGCUAUAUUACAAUGUGACGUCCCCCCUCUACUACCUUGAUGUAGGACCCCCCACGAACACUGAGACCCCCUCCCAAGAUGAUGACAUCAUUUCAAUAGAGAUGAUGCUCACGCUCAAUUUGUUUUGUAACUCUCCCUCCAACGCCACCUGCUGUGUUGCCCCUGAGGCAUCUCUUAUCACUUACCUCUCCACCUGUCUACUGUUCUGUGUGCUGGCGCUGUAUUUAGGGGUGUGGCUGAUAUUUAUCUCCGGAGCUACCUUCGCUCUGACACCCCACCUGGAGUCUCUGUCCUUUGACUUUGAUCGCUUUUUCUCGCUCCUCCACUGUGUGGGUGGUAUAACAGCCAUCUUAUUCUACCUCCUGCUGGCAGACAGAUUGGAUUUCUUUGUUCGAGCGGAUGCCCCCACCUCUCUCCUACUGUUUGUUGUUGCCAUAGUAACUAUAGUGAUUGCCGCCGUGGUUACCAUCAAACCUGCUGAUUCUAAUACAAAUGGUGGAGCGGUGGUGUUAUCACAUGACCAAUGCAACGAAUGGAGGGGAUGGAUGAUUCUUCUGCUCAUUGCAAGUCACUACACCAAAACAGACAAAAUUUUGAUGGUACGGCUAAUGAAUGAGCUCAUAGUGGGCGUGUUCUUAUUCCUGUCUGGCCAUGCCCACUUUCUGUCAUACUGGAACAGCGGAGAGUUGUCAUUGAGAAAAGUUCUCAAGGGCCUACUGCGGACCAACGUCCUCUGCCUGUGUGUGUGCCUCACCCUCGGUAGCUCGUAUGGCGCCUACUACCUGGUGGCUGUGCUCAGUCACUGGUAUCUUUGUGUGACCCUCUUCAAUGCUCUCUGGCCACCCAUCAACCCAACCAAGCUGAAACGUUACACGUCCCCUCGUGUUAUGGUUCUUAUCAAGUUCAUCAUCACCUUCGUCCUAAUAGCCCUCCUAAGAUUCACCAAGGAUUUCUGGUUGAGCGUGUUGUCAUGGGGACCAUUGCAGCUGCUGUUCGAGUCAUUUGACGGAUCAACUGACAAGCUGUUUUAUUCCUAUUACCAACAGAGAUAUACUGCUUUCACUGGGAUGACAUUUGCCUACGCUGCCGUUACCGUGGGAACUACCUUCAAAUCGUCCCUGGCCCAAUACGAGCGACAGUUGAAACUUAUCGGAGGAAUGACGUCAUUGAUAACCCUAGUGGGUUACCUAUUGUUCCUGUACACCUGUGAGAAUGUACAGGAGUGCUCGAGCAUGCAAGCUUACAUCGGAAUAUUACCAAUUCUGGCGUAUGUGUUUCUACGCAAUGGUAGCAUCCUGCACCACUUCAGUAGUGACUUCCUAGUAGAAGCUGGUUCACAUUCACUAUGGCUUUUUGUUAGUCAUUUCCAUAUCCUUAACGCUCUCAAUGGCAAAGGUCUUCUCGUGUUUUUCCCCGGCUAUUAUUACUUGAAUGCAGUGGGUGUGGUCACAGUCUACUUGUAUGUCUUCAUGGUGAUCCGUCUGAGCGCUCGUACGCUCUCUGAUUGGUCGACUGCCAAGGAGAUAGCAAAACACAAUAGCAAGGACGAUGACACUAAUGUUUAGUAUAAUAAUAAUAGCGACAUGUUUUAUAGUUCUAUUUUUGCCCUUACAAACUUACAAUCUUAUAUCGUUUUGUGCAAUCGAUCAGCAAUGAUGAAUUACUAUAAUUAUUAUUAUUAUGUUGUUCAA